UGCUGGAUUCGCCGCUGUCACCAACACAUGUAGGUGCAGCAGGGGAAAGCAAUCGGCCGCGGUGAAACGCUGUGUGUGCGUGAGAGAGAGAGAGAGAGAGAGGAGAGAGAGAGAAAAAGACUCGGCUCCCUCGCUCCCUCCCUCUCCCAAAACAAAAACACCUUUUUUUCCCAGCUUCAGUUUGGGGUUCCCGUUGCUUCUUCUCCACCCCCUUCCCCGAUCGCUUCACGGAGACUUAACCCGGGAGAGGAGAGAGAGAGAGAGAGAGAGGGGGAAAGGCGCCGAGUAGGAGCAGCCGACCCGCAUGUACAGAAGUUAGCAGCCGGACAUAUCACAGGAGGAACUUCGACAUUUACCUUUCGCGACGUCAGUGAACGAAUGAGAGAGAGAGAGAGAGAGCGAGCGAGCGAGAUAGAGAGAGCACAUAAAGAGCUUUAGUGCUAUUCACAGCCAGCGACCGAUUAAAAAGAACCUGUUAAAAGAAGGAGCGGUCUAUAAGGGAGCUCGGCGCUGUGUAAAGCUGUUAAGGAGCCUGCGAUUGGAUUCUUUCAAUUGCAAUCGAAUGCCAGACGUUUCUUUCAAGAGCAUCGCAAAUAUCUGAUAAGCUGUCGUUUUAAAAACACUCGACACACACACACACACACAAACACACAAUUACCAGGCAAGCGGAGGGGAGGAGAUUCAAGGCAGUGUUGCACGUUCUUUUUUUUUGGGGGGGGGUGAAACAAAAAUGGUGAACAACGGGAACUCGCAGACGCCCACGGCCGGCGUGAACCGCGCGGGUUUGGCUUGGAAGAUGUGCGCCGGCUGCGGGGGCAAGAUCGCCGACCGCUUCCUCCUCUACGCCAUGGACAGCUACUGGCACAGCCGGUGCCUCAAGUGCUCCUGCUGCCAAGCUCAGCUCGGCGAGAUCGGCACCUCCUGCUACACCAAGAGCGGCAUGAUCCUGUGCAGGAACGACUACAUCAGAUUGUUUGGAAACAGUGGGGCGUGCAGUGCGUGCGGACAAUCUAUUCCAGCCAGUGAGUUGGUCAUGAGGGCACAAGGCAACGUCUAUCACCUCAAGUGCUUUACCUGUGCCACUUGCCGGAAUCGUCUUGUCCCUGGAGACAGGUUUCAUUAUAUCAAUGGCAGUUUAUUCUGUGAACAUGACAGACCCACGUCCCUUAUCAAUGGACAUUUGAAUCCACUUCAGAGCAAUCCUCUACUAUCUGACCAGAAGGUUUGCUGAGAUGGUUUAGAGCAGUGCAGAAAGCGUGCCUUCAUCUUUUCGAUCUGGCUCAUCACAGGUGGACCCCACUUUGUUCCAGUAGACAGUCAUGUUUUUUGGCUGGUUUCAAUGCCAGGUACACGACGACAUUGCACACUUAUAUACCCUUGCUAGUUUGCUCUCACCAAGCUGUUCUUGCAUUAAAAGUGACUUGAGGACAACGGAUUAUGGACUCCGUAAACCCGGGCUAAUGAGACUGCUCAGAAAAGGGGUGGGGAGACAAAAAUACAAAUGGCCCAUUGGAGGACAUCUGGAAUAAUGACAAAUUAAAGUAAUUACUGGAGGUUUUGAAACGUGCUUUGUACCUACAUUAAUAAUUAGCAAGGCACCAGCCUCGGGUUUCCCCCUCCCCCAAACACCCCCCACUCGUAUUCUAUUUUUCUUUACAACAUCCUUGCAAAAAAAUUGUGUUGGCUCUUUGUAUUUCUAAGUGUUGUAAGGACAAUGUGUUUAUUGCUAUUAUUAUUAAUAAAGAGGCGGCAAUGGGAGAAAAAUCCAGUGAUUUUGUGGUAGUUCUCUAUCAUAUAAACACUUUUAGUGGUUCUCUGUACAAUAACAUGUAUGUAUGUAUGCAUGUAUGUGAUUUGUCAAAUGUUGCUUCUUCCCCAGCAGAAACAUCCCAGCUUUCUAGUAUCUACUGUAGGACUUUAAGAAUGGAAAUUUUAUUUGUGAUAUUUUCAAAAAAAAACAUUUGCUCUAGUAUGGUGUAUUUAAAUAAUAAAAAGCUUGAACUGGG